UGGACGACUUGUGUGAGAGUGGUACUUUCAGCUUCCCCCAUCCUGAGAGGCCACUCAACCAUGUGCUCGCUGGAGUAAUCUUUGUUCACAAUGUCUUUGCAAAGGCUCAAGCAACAGAGCAGCAAUGGCAAUUUGGUGGACUAUAGCACUGGUCCAGCGUAUAGAUCUUACUCCACACUCCCAGGCAGCCUUACAGAGGAUGACAACAGGAGGAUUCAAAUGCUGGCAGACACGGUGGCUACUCUGCCUCGGGGACGAAAGCAGCUUGCUUUGACGAGAUCUGGUUCCUGGGGUGACUUUUCCUGGUCUCAAAGAAAGCUUGUUACUGUGGAAAAGCAAGAUAAUGAAACAUUUGGAUUUGAAAUUCAGCCUUACAGGCUCCAGAACCAGAAUGCCUGCUCCUCAGACAUGUGUACUCUGAUCUGUAGAGUGCUGGAGAACAGCCCGGCUCACUGUGCUGGCCUGCAAGCUGGUGAUGUCCUUGCAAAUAUCAAUGGUGUGAGCACAGAAGGCUUAACCUACAAACAAGUGGUUGACCUGAUCCGAUCUUCAGGGAAUCUACUCACGAUAGAGACUCUUAAUGGAACAAUGAUUCUCAGAAGAGCAGAGCUGGAAACGAAGCUGCAAGUUUUAAAGCAAACACUGAAGAAAAAAUGGGUGGAGUUCAGGUCUCUGCAGUUACAGGAACAGCGCCUACUUCAUGGUGAUGCUGCGAACUGCACAAGUUUAGAAGACAUCGACGUGGAUGAAGUCUCUUUGUUUGGGAACCUGCCUGGGCCAGCUGCGUCCCUCAUGGAACGGAACCGACUAUCCAGCGAGAGCAGCUGCAAGAGUUGGCUGAGCUCCAUGACCAUAGACAGCGAGGACGGUUACCAGACCUGUGUGUCCGAGGACUCAGCCAGGGGCGCCUUCAGCAGGCAGACAAGCACAGAUGACGAGUGCUUCGUGCCCAAGGAUGGGGAUGAUUUUCCGAGGAGGUCUUCCUCGAGGAGGAACCGCAGCAUUAGUACAGCCAGCAGCGGAUCCAUGUCUCCCCUGUGGGAGGGCAGCUUCUCCAGCGUGUUUGGGACCCUCCCCCGAAAGAGCAGGAGGGGAAGUGUCCGCAAGCAACUCUUGAAAUUCAUCCCUGGCCUUCAUCGUGCUGUGGAAGAGGAAGAGAGUCGUUUCUGAUGCGUCAUGAUGCCCUUUCGAAUUGGAUUAUUUCCCAAGAGUCUCUCGGCUUCUCCACACGAACUCCACCCUUCUGAUGGGAAAGCACAAUGGACUGAGAAACCCACAUGUUAUUUCAGAGCAGCAGGGAUCUUUAUCUGAUUCUUUGUUUUUGCUUCUUAAAUCAUGUUUCAACUCAAACUGUUCAAGUAUUAAGCAGACAAUAGGAAAAUUAAGUAAUGAGUUAGGUAUUAAAACAAAUUGGUCCAAGUGUCCAUGCUUCACGUGCUAUUUUCAAAAGUAAGGAUCCUAUUUAUUUUUUAGAUCAUUGUAUGGAAUAUUGAGAACUGUGUGACUAGAGAUAAUGUAAUUAGCCAGACUAUUGUUCAUAGUUCAAUUCCAUACGUUACAAAACUGUAUGCUUGUUUAAGCUCUGUAGCUACUAGAAUUCUCAAUAGUAGAGUUUUGAAUGUUUCUACUAAAUAUAUGAGAGUUCGUAAACAAAGGUGACCAUUAGCUUUUUCUCAUACCCUACGUGUCAGUAAGGAAGGAAAUAACAAGAUUCACGGUGAGGGAUUCACUUGAUGAGAAACACAGAACAAUGUGGCUGAGAUACAGGCUGCGGCAGGUGAGAAUGAAUCCUUUUCUUACAGGGAGUCCAGGCAAAAUGGAUGGGAAUCUCAUUCUGUUUGCCUAAUUUACUUUUUGUUCUUAUUCAACAUUGCUGACAGCUCCAGAGGACUCAGAGUUUUAAAUAUAUAUGUAUUUCUUUUCUUUUGUUCUCUGUCUUUGCUGCAAAUGCCCAGAAUUCACAGAGAAAAGCCAGUCUCAGGAUUUUUCUAGACUGUCUCAUACACUCCUUACAUUAUAUUGUGUAUUUCAGUGAUGACCUAAUUGCUCCUCUGUUGCUUCUCUUAGUAUCACAUUUCUGUCUUUUCAAAAAUUCUGUAUUUUAUUCAGUGUCCAUUAAUGUUCAUAAUUUCUCUGUUCUGGUGAUAGAGUUUUACAGUAAACAAUCUGGGCUACAUGAUAAA